UUUCAGGAGAUUUGCGCAAGGAGACUUGGAUCAGGUUUUGAGAUUACUUGCCUGUCAUGUCAUCCAACUUCUUCCAAAGGCAACAUGCAGAUUGCAGUUGGAACAAGAGACAAGAUGGUUCAAGUUCUCAUGCUCAAUAUGAGCACACAGCUCCAGUCCAUCUUCACAGUGCAGCUUGAAAAUACAGUACCCAAGUCUGUAGCAUUUGCGGAUAACAGAGCCAUCUAUGUCUUCGGGCUGUAUGAUGGCAAAUUCAUGAAACUGGACGAUGAAGAUGGUACUAUAGUGGAGGAGAUUAGCUGUAAAUCAAUGAUUGGCCACGCAGCGGUGAACCAAAAGUGUGGGGUUUUCAUCAUAGACAAUGCAACUGAUGGCUUUACAUUGUAUCGCCUCAAAGGCAAGGUGGAGCCCAUUCGAACAUUCAUGACUGCUUUGCCAAGUGUGUCAGUCCCAAAGCAAGUGGCAUUUGGAGAAGAAGGCAAGGUAGUUGUAGGAGGAAGUGAUAAUGGACUAGCAUAUAUAUUUGAUAGGAAGACGGGGCAGGUACUCGAAACCCUCCAUCAUGCAGAUGCUGGCCUGGUACAAACAAUAGCUGUAAGUAUUAGGAUUGGUCACAAAUAA